GUCAAAGAGCCACAUAGCACCUGAAGCACACAACACCUCAACCUUUUUUUCUCUUCCUCCUCCAAAUCAAGGCCCACUAACAUGCGCCAUCACCUCCUCUCCUCCUUUCUCACCAUGGCCCCCUCCUCCUCUCUCUCCUCCUCUUCCUCUUCACUUUCUCUCUCUAAGCCCACCACCAUCAACACCACCCUCCACCACCACCACCACCACAACAAAAAACCCUCCCACCACCAUUCAAACCCUAACCCUAACUCCUCCCCCUCCUCCUCUUCCUCCACCAACCAUUGCUCCUCUCUCCUCUGCAAACACUCUCCAUCAGCAACCCUCGACAUUCUCAUCCUCAUCCUCGUCCUCUUCUCCGGAACUUUUCUCAUCACCUCCUACUUCUCCUACAUCUUCCAGUCCCUCUCUCUCCUCCUCCCUCCUCUCUCUCACUCCUCCACCACCACCCUCCUCCUCCUCCUCGGCGACUCUCCGGUGAUUUACCUAAUUGGGUUUUUGCUCUUUUUCAUUCUCGUCUUUGUUUUCUUCGAGAUCUGUUGUGGGUACAGAUCGAGGAAGUGCGAGAACCCUAGGUGUAAAGCGUUGAAGAAGGCGAUGGAAUUCGAUUUGCAGCUGCAGACCGAGGAGUGUUUGAGAUCGGCUGCGACGGCAGUGAGAGAGAUCGAUGAGCUGCCGUGGAAAGGAGGCAGUGAAGGGAACCCUGAUUAUGAGUGCUUGAGGGCUGAGCUGAGGAAGAUGGCGCCGCCGAAUGGGCGGGCGGUGCUGCUGUUUCGGGCCCCGUGUGGAUGCCCAAUUGCGAAGCUCGAGGGGUGGGGGGCGAAACGGGGGCGUCGGCACAAGAAGUGAGUUCAAUUUUGAUUGAAUAUGGGAAAUUGUGGAUGUUUGCAUGGGUCUGGCUCCACAUGGGGGAGGUGAUCAUCGCUGAAUUGUUGGGGAUCUCAUACAUAUGUUUCUCCUUUUACUGUCUCAUUUACCUUUCAAUUUCAUGACGUUCUUUCUUCUGGAAAACUUAUAAUCUUAAUCAGAACAAUUCUUUUGAUCUUACAGAUACCAGUUUAGAUCCUUGAACUUUGUCUAAAACAACUGUCCUUGUAUCACAUUUUAUCAUUAUCGGACAUUCUCUCUCUUUUCUGGGAGGAUAUACCAGACUAGUUGCAAAUAAAUAUAUGAAUUAGCAAAUUGGAUGUUGUUAUAAAUUUUAGCUUCAUACGCACCCAGGCUUGAUCUAA